AGAGAGAGAGAGAGAGAGAGAGAGAGAGAGAGAGAGAGAGAGAGGCACUGUUGUGAGCGCUCGGAGACUGACUGAGUCGCUGUUCGGAGAAAGCCAUAGCCAUUCUCGGGCUUCUAGGAGCAUAGCCAUAGCCGGUACCUUUGUUCACCGCCGGUUCGCUGCUGGGAUUCGAUAGUGCCAUUUCCUAUUUCAGGCAAGAGAUCUCUGCAAAACCACUCAAGACGGACUUGUGAAGACCAGGCAGUUCCUUCCAGUUCAGACAAAGAAGACUUUCUUUUUCAUUCAAUACCAUAAUGGAGACUAUUCGAAGCCUGCACUUGUUUCUCCGACUGGCAGUCAUGGGUUUGAUCACUCUUACUGCAGCAGUCAGCGUGUCCGCUGGUUGUAUUGGUGAUGGAUACUGCGGAUACGGAGGGAAGUGUUGCGCUGGGAAAUGCCUAACGGUCAGCUGCUGCUCAAACACGGACUGCGGCUAUGGAAAGGUGUGCAAGGGCGGUCAGUGCGUGGAGGACAACGACAAGGACUGCAAGUACGGCGAGAAGUGCUGUGACGGAAAGUGCCUCAACGUCAAAUGCUGCGCUUUAGUGAACUGUGGGUAUGGAAAGACUUGCUACUGCAAUGGAUAUUAGAGAACUCAUGGUAGCUCAGUUCGUUAGAGCUUUGGGUUUGCAAGCCUCGUGGUAUUGAAUCCUUUCGGUCCGCUGCACCCGUGUCUACACAGGUUGGUCUUACAGAAUGAUACCCCAGUCACCCACACACUUGUCCCCACUCUAGGACAGUGGAUGAGUUGGGGAUCUGACGGCUUUGCCCUUUGUCGUUACAUCUGUUCUUCUGCCGGCUAUACCCCUGACGAUUACAUCUGGAGCUACGGUGGCUUUGCCCAUAGCCAUUACCUAUGGGGUGAUGGCAGGCAUUGGCAGCUCAUAGCUCUUAGAUCUGGGUUUAACUUCACCCCUAGCCAUUACAUCUGGGGUCCAGGGAUAUGGUGGCUUUACCCCUUGCCAUUAGAUCUGGGGUCAUGCUAGCUUCCAACCUGGGGGGCAUCCGGUCCUGGAGGGGGAAUGGGUGCACUGGGGUGAUGCUGUAUGAGGGGUUAUAUCAAAAUAGAACACAUACGUUGAUGCAUAUAGGGUUCCUCGGUGUUCCUAAAGAUGGGGAAGUAGGGGUUGUGAUAGGGAGAAUGUUGAAGUUGGGAGGGGUUGGGCGCAUGGCUUAAAGGGGUAAAAGAAAGGGCACUGAUGAUUGAGUCAAGAACGAUGAAGCAGGCCAACUAGAAGACUAAGUGCUGCUGAAGACUUUGCAAUCUCCAGGACGCCAACCGCAGCCUACUUGGUGUACCUUAACUACAGUCCACUGCAGUCUUGGUGUACCUUAACUACAGUCCACUGCAGUUGGUUCACUGAAACUUAAGUGGGGCUGAAAAGGCUUUGCGGUCUCAGUGUUUCUUUCCUGCACUCUACUGCAGUUCGCUUUUAAGUACUGAAAUGGAUGUGGAUUCACCGUGAUGCCGCAGUGGAUGGGCUCAAACCUCCUUCGAUACUGCAGUUAACGUUUUUCCAGGUUGUCGACGUAGGCUUGUUUGUGAUAAAAAAAAAAAAAAAAAAAAGAAGACCUUGUAGGCUUGCGCGUGAACUGGCCCUGUACUUAGGGUGGUGUAAGGAUUAGAGAUUCUGCCAGGUUUGGUGUGACAAGCCAUAGUGUUGCGAUGAUAUGAUCAUAGCCGUUGCCUACAGGAGGCGAGAUCUCGCCUAGUUGAAUGCUACCCGGGGGAUGCUCUUAUCACACCCCUGGUAGAAUCAACAGCAGGCAUACAAAAAAAAUGCAAAAACAGAUCUAGUCUAUUAUGCUGUGUGGUGAUGGCUUUUGUCCAUGGAUCCUAAUGUCAUUGAGAUGAUGAGACCGUUAUCGAAUAGGAUGAUGACUACUUCACAAUUUGCUGAGGGACUGACUUUAUGUCACUGUGCUGCUCAUUUUGAUGGACAAGCCAUUAAACCAUUGACCGGUUGUAAGAAUAUCCUCAUGACAGGCACCGUGAAAAAAACACAAGUUAGGUUUACCGUGACUAUGAUCCUCCUUGAUAAUGAUCUUAAUAUCCCAGACUCGGAAACGACUGUUGGUACAAUGCAUUGCGCCAGUUGGCGCGUCAGUUCAACUUGACGGAAAAGCCAUCGGUCAUAGACAGAUUGUAAGAAAUCUAAGGAUAUCCUAAUCACAAGCUAUCUUUGAAGCGCAAUCUGCGUUCUCGUCCAAUCUCAGACUGACAGUUGGAAUCCCAUUUCAGGAUGAGAGCAUUUGGUAGAACCCGUGGAUCAUUCAGGUCCAAUGGGACAUGGUUUGAACUAGUGCCUACCUAAGUGAAUCAGCAGACGGGAAGGAGCCAAAAUAGACGGACUUUGGUGACAGUCCCCAUGACAAAUCUUCUCCAAGCCUUGGAAAGUUGUAUACUACGGUCGGGAAAUUACAUUCCGCAGUUGGAGUGUCAUGUAUGUAGACAAGCCAUUAGUAAUUGAUACCUUGGAAGAAUGUCCUGAUGACAAGUACCUUGUCUUCUCCUGGCAACGCUCGAAACUUGUUAAUAGGACAGUACUACAAUGGGACAAC